AUGCAGUCACACACAACAAUAAUCCUGGUCUUCUUAAUCCCAAUAUCCCUAAUUAUCUUACUCCCCUACCUCAAACUCAACCGCAAAUUCCCCAUCAAACUGCCAUGGCCCCGCAAAUCAAGCGAGAUCAUCUCACUACGCAUGUAUCCCAUAAAAUCAUGCCGAGGCCUAGAAGUUACUCAAACAAUCCUGAAAAGCCACGGUCUUGACCUCGACCGCCGCUGGAUGCUAAUCGACGCAUCAACAAACACAUUCUUGACAAUCCGCCAAAUCCCAAAUAUGACACUCAUCACCACAGCGCUGAGUUCAGACGGCGAGGAACUGAUCGUAAAUGUGCCAAAGAUCACCGAGACCAAAUCCGACAAAUCCCAAAAUCAUGAAGAGGAGAAUGAAUUUCACACAAUCUGCAUCCCAUCCCAUCCCACCCCCAAGUGGCUCGAGGAAAAUACAUCCAUCAGCCCCGUUCGCAUAUGGGAUACCGAUACAGACGGGUACAUGUAUAGCGAGUCCAUCAAUGCGCCUUUCUCUUCAUUCCUAGGUCGAAAUGUUGCGCUCGUAUAUAAAGGUCCCACGCCACGCGUACUCAAAGGCAACGGUGAUCCCAGACUUCUAGGCCGUGUCCAGACGACCGGGUUUCCGGAUGUUCAUCCCGUUCUUAUUGCAUCUGAAGAUUCGUUGCGUGAGCUAAAUACGCGUCUGGGAAGGGCCGGCGUUGGUCCUAUUACCGUUGAACGGUUCCGGCCGAAUAUCGUUGUUCGGGGCGGGCCGGCUUGGAGUGAGGAUUCUUGGAAGGUGGUUCGUAUUACUGCGGAUCGGUCUAGAUCCAAUCCUGGGGAUGGGGAUUGGGAGAGAAGUAAGCUUGAUUUGGAUGUUGUGGCUCGUUGCGCGCGCUGCCAGGUGCCGAAUGUUGAUCCGGGAACGGCGGUUAAGCAUAAGAAGCAACCUUGGGAUAUGUUGGUGUCUUAUCGGAGGGUUGAUGAAGGGACUAGAUUCAAGCCUUGUUUUGGGAUGUUGAGUGCGCCGAGGGAUGAGGGGGUUAUUAGGGUCGGGAUGAGGAUGGAGGUUUUGGAGGAGACGAAUGAGCAUCGUUAUUUGACUGGGUUUUAA